CUGAACACGAAUAAGGUUCUGUGAGGGCGACCGUUAAGUCGGUAAAAAUCACCAGCUUCUGACUUUUUGCUUCCAACAGAGAUGGAUGUAACAGCUAAUUUUUUCACCAAGUUGAGAAUACUUGCAGUAAACUUGGAGAAAGAGACCAAAUAUUUGGAUUAUGCUUUGAAUAAUGAUUAUGAUCAUGAAGAAGCUGCUCCCAUGAAGAUCCUUCAUGAAUUACAUUCAGAAGUUAGAAAUAUUAAGGCAGAUCUUCAUAAAAAAUUAGAAACUCUUGAAACAGAAAACAGAGAGAACAGUAUAUUAAUUAGAGCUUUCCAGACCCUGCAUCAGAAGAAUAGUGCAGACCUUGAGGAAAUCGAAGAACACUUUCAAAAUUACGGGUAUGAGCCCUUGCAUAAAAAAGAUGAAGAACUACAGGUGAAACUGAUGGAAACCGAAACUGAAGUGGCUGAAAAUUCUGAACCUGAGCCUGAAUCAAAAAGUGAUGAAGUUACUACUCCAUCACAUGAGAAGCCUUCACUGAAUGACCCUUUGCGUACCCCCCAGCUUGAAGAUUUUGGACUUGGUCAUUUAAUGUUUCAAAGUGCUUGGGGAGUACCAGAAUGUCCCCUGCCUUCAGAUCCCAAAGUAGCUCAGGAAUUCUCUGGAAAUUGCAAUAUGCAUUCUUCCACAUUUCAAGAUCCAAUUAGGCCAAAGACACCAAAGCGCACAUUGCAGCUGGGUGAUGAUAUGCUUCUUACUCCCAAAAUGGAAAGUUUUGAAAUUAUUGAACAUACAGGCUGUGUCAAUGACUUUACUUUGGCACUGUAUAAUAAACGUGACCAACUGAAGAUCAACAGUUGUAAUCCUCUACCAACUGCAGAAGAUCAUCCACAGAAAGCCUCCUCAUCAAAACAGAUUGUACAGAAUGACUUUUUGCCUUGCAUGUCACACCAAUCAGUGCUAAAUGCAGAUAUGUUAGAUUCUCCUUUGCCUCCUGUGUUCUGUACACCUGGUUUGAAAAUACAUAAAUAUAACUGCCAAGUUCCAAUGGAUGAAGACAGAAAAUCAGAUGGUUCAAUUCCUUCACCAGUACUACCAAAUUUUGAAACACCCUGGCUGAAAAAGCAAUGUACUUCUCAAAAUCUUAAAAAUGAGGGAACUAAGGCAUGUGUACAAGAAGAAACAUCAGAUGAGCUUGGUUUAGAAGAACCUCAGCCACCAGCUAUGAGCUCCGACAAUUACUUUCUGAACGGAUACUACAAAUCGCCAUCGCCACCACCAAUGAUGACUAAUUAUGAAAUUCUUCUUGAUACACCAAAAGUCCCAGAAAUGACCACGCAAAUUCCAAGUGAUGUUCUGAAGAUUCUGUCAUUUUAUGAUGCAAAUUUAAGGACUCCUGAUGGACAUAAAUCCAGCAAAGAAAAUUUGACUUCUUUUAAUCUAAUGACUCCUGUACCAAAGAAUAAGUUUGAGAAGGAAAAUAGAAAGUGACUGUACAUUUAAGUUUUGGUGCAAGAAAUUCAAAAAUGGGAUAAUGCAUCGGAGUAGUUAGAAAAUUCAGAAUAUGACCAGAAGAGUGGUUCUGGAAGAGGGUCUGUGUCAAGAGUGGAAGUAUCAGUAGAUCCACAUAUUCUUAAGUGGUUCAUAUAAAUAGUACUAUAGAAUAAAUGUUCAGUUAUUAAUGAAGCAUAAAAAGUUGUUUCCAUAUUCUCAGCACAUUGCAAGGGUAGAUCAAAGAAUUACUUUAAAGAGUAAUGCACAACUGUUAUGUGAAGAAAAAUUAUUUUUGAGGCUGUAUAUUGUUGGAGUAACAUGCAUUACUUGAAGCUAAGUGAGUGAUUUUUGACAUUCAGUGUGUGAUUAUGGAAUUGAUUUCCUUCCCAAAUUCAAACAAAAUUCUAACACUUUGGACAUGGUGAUCAUAAUUUGUGUAAAAUUCUUAAUUUUUGUACAUAAGAUUUAUAUAAAAUUAAUUGUGUAUAUUUUCAUUAGCAAAUAAAAAUAUUAUAGACUUGGAUUGCAAAAAGAUUUCAAACACUCACUUUAAUUGAAGAACCAGGAUCAAGAAACAGCCAGGGCAGAAAGUUGGGGAGGAAACCCCAAAUCAAACUCAUUUCCAUGUUUUGUCCUUUCUGCUAAUCCAGUAAUUCCAUUUUUAUUUUCCGUUGUUAUCCAUGUUGUAUAUUUUUCAACUGGUAUCAUGCGUGUUAAUUAAUGUCAAAAGGAUUACUACAUAAUUUAAGCCUUUUUAACUGGCAAUCAAACUUUAUACAGAUGUUAUUUCAAGAUAUCUUUUUAAAAGUUUGAAGAUUUAUGCUUGUGAUCAGGAUUUCCUAAUGGUUUUUAUUUUUCUUGCAAUAACUUUGUGGAUAUUUAUCAAUAUUGUACGGUUAAACUUCUCCAUUAAAGCCUAUAAUAAUUUACCAGCUUUUUAACAUCAUACAUUUGGGAGUUUACACUACAUAGGUAUUGCUUUACUUAGCUGUCAUUUCAAAUAUUGGUAGCAACCAGUGUGCACAAUUAACUAAUCACUUUGUUUUGGGCUUCCUGUGCUAUACCAAGGAUACUCUGCACAGUAGAACUAAGAGGAGCUAGUCAUUUAGAGAAGCUUAAUGGAAUUAAACCAAGACAAUAUAGUUUUAUGAAAGGUAGAUCAUGUUUGAAAAAUUUGCUAGAGUUCUUCAAGGAUGUAAGCAGAAUUGAUAGAGGGGAACCUUGUGGAUGUGAUGUAUUUUGAUUUCCACAAGGCACUUGGUAAGGUGCCACAUUAAAGGCUAAUAUACUAAAGAGCCAUGGCAUAGGGGGAAGUAUUUUAGCAUGGAUUGAAGUUUUGUUAUCACAUAGAAGAGUCAGAAUAAAUGUAUUUUUCAGGUGGAAGGAUGUAGUUCUGAGUCUCCACAGAUCGGUUCUUGGCGUUGCUUAUUUUCUAUUUGUAUUAAUGAUCUGAAGAAGGGGGUAGAGUGCAAGACAAUUUGCCAAUGACACAAAAUAGCUGGGAAGGUAUGUUGCGAUGAGGAUAUUUAGAGCCUGCAACAGCCUUGUAGGUGUGUUGAAUGAGUGGAUGAAAAUCUGGAAUGUAGUUUAGUGUAGGAGAAUGCAAGGUCAGGCACUUAAGAGGAGUCAAAAGGCAGAUUAUUAAACGAAUGGAGAAAGAUUGUAGAUAAAUGAAGUACAGAGGGAUCUAGGUGUUUUUAUGUGCAAAUUGCAAAAAGUUAGCAGACAGGUAGAGCAACUAGCAUAUUGGCCUUUAUUGCGCAAGGGCUGGAGUUUAGAAAUAGGGAAGCAAUGUUUCAAUUGUACAGGAAAAAUUGGUGAGACUAUACCUUGGAGUAUUGUGCAGAGUUUUAGUCCCCUUAUUUAAGAAAGGUUAUACUAGCAUUAUAAGUGGUCCAAAAGAAAUUUACUAACUUAAUGCCUGGAUAAGAGUUGUUCCUACUAUUAGUAGCUAAAGAAACUCAACCAAGGGGCCAUAAUUACAAUAUAUGGGAGUGCUCAUUAAAACUUAGGUGAGUAGGAACUUCUCAGACUGGUGAACCUUUGGAAUUGUCUAAGCUGGGUCGUGAAGGCUAGAUCAUUGGAUGUAUUUAAAAUGGUAAUGAUUUCUCCAAAUCAAGUUUAGCUAUGGAAGCUCAUGGGUUCAAGCUAGGCUUGUCUCUUUGUUGGAUACGUGGAUUGAUCUCCAUGUCCUAGUCAGAUAUCCUCUCAACAUUUUCCCAUUAGGUUGAUGACUGGACUUUUGCUACUUCGUGUGCUUGUACAGAUCUCCAAGUUUAUUACUUUUGCUGCCAAUUUCUAUCCUGGUCUGUAUGACACUUGCCUUCCCUUUCUUGAUAUCGCCAUCUCUUAGGGGAUAGAUUAGCUACCAAAAUCCAUUAUAAGCCAACUGACUCCCAUACCUUUCUUGACUACAGCUCCCUUCCCCUCACCAGUAAGAGUUCCAUUCCAGUCUGUCAUAGCUACUCUGUCUAGGAUUUCUACACUAGUGACUUUAGUUAAGAAAGAAGAUGUCUAUAGUUUUCUAGGAUUUCUACACUAGUGACUUUAGUUAAGGAAGAAGAUGUCUAUAGUUUUCUAAGAUAACUGACAGGGCUCUCCACUGCAUCUCCUGUUUCCUGCACACAGCUGCUCCCACACCUCUGCUCUCAGCCAGAUCAAAGAUAGGAUUUCCCUUGUUCUCACCUCCAGCUCACCAGCCUCUAAUUCAUUGAAUCAUCCUCCAUAAUUUCUAAUCACCUCCAAAAGAAUUCCACCCCAGACAGAUCUUCCACUUGCCUUGCCUUUUAGCAUUUCAAAUGGACUGUUCCCUGCUUCCCUCUCCACAAACAAGUCCCCUGGUUGUAGUGUGGUCCCAUAUGACUUUCAAUACCUGCUCUUUUAUCUGUACCCUUCUCACAAUCCAUGUACAUAAAGCAGCAAUUCACUACCACUUCCAAUUUAGUAACCUCUACUUUGGACAGAUUGGGUGACCUAAUACAGAACAGCUUUGUUUUAUCUGGAAGGGUGACUCUGAGCUUCCAGUCUUUAAUUCUCUGUCCACCAUUCCCACUCUACCCUGCUUUUAACCUCCUACAUUGAAGGUAAGAAAUCUU